CACAAAAACGAAUGAAGAAAGUUUGUGUCGUCUUUCUUUCUUUGCAACAACCACCAAAAAGUUGAAAAAAAAAAAUAAUUGACAGCUCAAGAAGUUUUUAGAGAGAAAAGAUUUACUUUUUGCUUUGAAUAAAUUUAAAUAAUCUAAUAAAUCCAAGUCAUUUCUAACAAAAGAAAAAAAUGUCACUAAUCGAUAAACUACAAGAACCCGAUGACAACAUUCCCUUGGCCGAUGAUGAUCCACAGGUAAUCAUCAAUGACGACGAUGUUCCACACAUUCCAAAUGGUCGUUCAAUGGAUUCCCUUCGUUCGUCCUACACAAAUCGUAGCUCAACUCCGGAUUCAUCGAAUUCCCUCGAACCAGAUGUUAGUCCAGAUGAGAAAGAAGAAAAAGCACGUCUCAUUACGCAAGUUCUAGAACUACAAAACACCUUGGACGACUUAUCACAACGAGUUGAUUCGGUUAAAGAGGAGAAUCUGAAAUUGCGUUCAGAGAAUCAAGUUCUUGGUCAGUAUAUUGAGAAUUUGAUGUCAGCAUCGUCUGUAUUCCAAUCAACAUCACCAAGUGCUAAGAAGAAGUAAAACUUAGCAUCAUCACGAAUUAACGUGGUUUUCUUUUUGUUGGCAUUUUAAAAUAUCUCGAAUGUAUCUUCUUCACACACAAAUUCGUUUAUAAGUAAUUCUUAAGUAGAGCACUUCAUUUAAAUAGUUUUUUUUUUUUUUUUAUUUACACAAUUCAUUUUUUUAGUUUAUUAUGUUUUUUAGCUAAUCCAAUUUUCAUAGCUUUUCUAUGAAUAUUCCAUAAAUAAAUAUUAUUUACAAUUUUA